AUGGCCACACACUUGAUCAAGGUUGAAAUCAUUGAGAGGCAAACAGUCAAACCAUCAUCCCCAACUCCUCAUCCCUUGAGAACCCUACAGCUCUCUGUUUUGGAUCAGAUGCUUCCUAGUCACGUUUACUUCCCAACGCUUCUCUUCUAUGCCGCCAACAAUAAUAUUACUGGUUCAGGAGGUGGAGCUACUUCCACAGACACGGCGGCCAUGCGGAUGAAAGAGAGAGAUUAUUUUCAGCAUCUAAUUCAGUCAUUAGCCAAAACUCUCACUCACUUCUACCCCUUAGCAGGAAGAUUGAGUAAAGGCCAUGACAUGAUCCAAUGCACUGAUGAUGGAGCUGAGUUUGUGACGGCCCGAGUUAAAUGUUCCUUAUCGCAGAUUUUUGAACGUCCAGAUCCCGAUAUGCUAACAGGGCUCGUCCCAGCAAUUGGUCAACCUGAUGGUGAUGGUGAUGGUGAUGCCACGAGGCUCCCGUUGCUUGCUGUGCAAGCCAACUUGUUCGAGUGUGGAGGAAUGGCAAUAGGGUUGAAUUUCUCACAUAGGGUUGUUGAUGGCACCACAUCUACCGCCUUCACCAGUUGUUGGGCCAAAACAGCCCUUGAUGAUUGUCACGAUGAUCAGGUACCCUUCAUGGUCCCAAAAUUUGAUGCUGCGUCUUAUUUUCCACCACUAGAUUUCUUAAACUCAUCACAGCCAUCACCACCCAAUCUGGUGGGCAUCAACGCAUUGGCACCUCAUGUACCGACUCGUGUCCUCGUAGUUUCAGCACUCAUUUGGAAAUGUGCUAUGGAAGCAUCAUCCAAAUCAUCAAACAUACCAUUGGGGUCAAGACCAUCUUCGUUCAAAAUGGCUAUGGACUUGCGUAGACGAUUUGAGCCACCCUUCCCACAAAACUUGGGUGGGAACGUUGUUGCUAAUUUAGUAGUCAUCGCUACACCAUCGUUAUUAAAAGGUCAAGAAGAGAAUGACGAUGAGACCAUAGAUCUAAAAGACUUGGUUGCCAAACUCAGGAAAGGGCUUGAACAGCAGAAAGAAACUUAUCCUACAAAACUACCAUUUGAUUCUAUUAAGGCAUGGCAAUGGGAUCAAGAAUGUCAAAAGUUGACAGGGAAUGUUGACAUGUACCAUUUAUGCCCUGGAAGUUGGUGUAGGUUUCCUUUUUAUGAAGCUAAUUUCGGAUGGGAAAGCCGGCAUGGAGAUGGCAAGGGAAUAGAAGCAAUGUUGAGUGUUACUGAAGAAAUCAUGGAGCAUUUUGAAAGCAACCCGGAGCUGCUUAAAUAUGCUUCUGUAAAUCCAAAGCCUCGGCCUGAGUUUCGAUUGUUUGAUCUGUCGUCCCCUUGCUGUUCAACUCAAGAGGAGGAAACUGAUGAGAUUUUGCCCACUCCGAAGACUUCUUCAGCUCCAGUACCACACCAAUCACCUGCUGAAGAUGUCAUUCAGAAGGCACAGAGCCUACAUAUCAGCUUCCAGAAAGGAAGAACCGUGGCAAACCUCGAGUACAAUGUGAAGCAGAUCUUAAAGCUAAAGGAAAAUACCCUAUCAAUAAUUAUAUAUCUUUCAACAGAUUAUCAGAGUCACGUGUGCACUAUGUGA